GUCCGGCUGAGCCGAGCCGAGCCAAACCGAGCCCAGCUGUGCUCGGCUGAGCCGAAAUGAGCCCAGCUGAGCCCGGCUGAGCCGAGUCCAGCGAGCGAGCGAGCGGCUGCGCGGCCCGGCCGUUCCCGUCGGAGCUGUCCAGCCCCAUCCCGCCUCUCCCGGCGCUCCUGCCGUUCCCGCAUCCCGCUCCCGCUGCUCAUCCCGAUCCCGCUCAUCCCGAUCCCGACCCCGCCAUGCGGGAGCGAUGAGCGCAGCCGCCCCGCCCGGCCAUGGAGGAGGAUUUGUUCCAGCUCCGGCAGCUCCCGGUGGUGAAAUUUCGCCGCACCGGGGAGAGCUCCAGGUCGGAUGAGGAUGGAAUUUCAGGAGAGCACGAGGUGCAGAUUGAGGGGGUCAGGACAGAGUUAGAACCUGUGGAGCUGGAGGAUGGAGCUGCAGUGCCAAAGGAAUUUGCCAACCCCACGGAUGAUACUUUCAUGGUGGAAGAUGCGGUGGAAGCCAUUGGAUUUGGGAAGUUCCAGUGGAAGCUCUCUGUCAUCACCGGAUUAGCCUGGAUGGCAGAUGCCAUGGAAAUGAUGAUUUUAAGCAUCCUGGCUCCCCAGCUCCACUGUGAGUGGCGAUUGCCCAGCUGGCAGGUGGCUCUGCUCACCUCGGUGGUGUUUGUGGGAAUGAUGUCCAGCUCCACCCUCUGGGGAAACAUUUCAGACCAGUAUGGGAGAAAAACAGGCCUGAAGAUCAGUGUGUUGUGGACACUCUACUAUGGGAUCCUCAGUGGGUUUGCUCCCGUGUACAGCUGGAUCCUGGUGCUGAGGGGCCUGGUGGGAUUUGGGAUUGGAGGAGUGCCUCAGUCGGUAACUUUAUAUGCUGAGUUCCUUCCAAUGAAAGCCAGAGCAAAGUGCAUUUUAUUAAUAGAGGUGUUCUGGGCCCUUGGGACUGUGUUUGAGGUGCUCCUGGCAGUGCUGGUGAUGCCCACGCUGGGCUGGCGCUGGCUCCUCAUCCUCUCUGCCCUCCCGCUCCUGCUCUUCGCUGGCCUGUGCUUUUGGCUGCCGGAGAGUGCCAGGUAUGAUGUGUUGUCUGGGAACCAGGAGAAAGCACUUGCCACUUUGAAGAGGAUAGCAACAGAAAAUGGAGCUCUAAUGCCUCUGGGAAAACUGGUCAUUUCCAGACAGGAAGACCGAGGAAAAAUGAAGGACCUUUUCACCCCCCAUUUCAGAUGGACCACGUUGUUACUCUGGUUUAUAUGGUUCUCCAAUGCCUUUUCAUAUUAUGGGUUAGUUUUAUUAACUACAGAGUUCUUCCAAGCAGGAGAUGUUUGCAGCAUAUCCAGCAGAAGGCAGGAAGUUAAAGCAAAGUGCAGCCUGACCUGUGAGUAUCUGACAGAGGAGGAUUACACAGACCUGCUCUGGACAACCCUGUCAGAAUUCCCUGGGGUGUUGGUGACACUCUGGAUCAUCGACCGGAUCGGCCGCAAGAAAACCAUGGCCCUGUCCUUCCUUGUCUUCUCAUUUUGCAGCCUCCUGCUGUUCCUCUGUGUUGGAAGGAAUGUUCUGACUGUGCUGCUCUUCAUUGCAAGAGCCUUUAUUUCAGGAGGAUUUCAGGCUGCUUAUGUUUACACUCCUGAGGUUUAUCCCACAGCCACACGUGCUUUGGGCCUGGGAACAUGCAGUGGAAUGGCAAGAGUGGGAGCCCUCAUAACCCCCUUCAUUGCACAGGUGAUGUUGGAAUCCUCAGUGUACCUGACCCUGGUGGUUUACAGCGGCUGCUGCCUCCUGGCCGCCCUGGCCUCCUGCUUCCUGCCCAUCGAGACGAAGGGCCGUGGCCUCCAGGAGUCCAGCCACAAGGAAUGGGGCCAGGAGAUGGUGGGGAGAGGAUCUCACUCCCCAGGGGAAUCACAGGAGUGAUGGCACAUGGAAAGAACGAAUGACUGGAGCGAGAUUUCUCACAAAACCUCCGAGCCUGAAGCAUCGAAAGCUGAGCCUCGUCACUGCCAACGUCACGUGUCAAACUGCAGGAAUCUGGGGGUGAACCUCAGCAAAUUGUGUCUCUGCUGCUCUUUGCUCACACUCAUAGAAACUUUCCAUCUGUAUGGAGAGGGAUUUAAUCCAGACAUCCUCUGGAGUUUAGCAGGAAGGGUGUUUCUCUGUUGUGCUUGCAUGGUCAGCUCUUCAGCUUCAAACGUCCCGUGCCAAGCAAAUCACCAAGUGACUGCAGCCCAGCAUCAGCUGUAACUAAAUACUGAACUCUUGAGCCUAAAAACAAGAGGUUGAUAUUUAUUGUGUCCCUGGCCCUGCACAGGAUGGGUUCCAUACACUACACUAGGAAUUACAUGCCUGCCUUGCACUUUUAGCCAUCAAAAACACAACAAAAUGUGGUUCUGGCAAACCAACCUUUGCAGUUCCCCUGGUUGUGGGUUCUGUUCCUGGAGAUUUAACUGGGAAGGAUUGCUUGGAAAUGAACUCCUGAAUGUUUCUCCCAUCCCAGCAGGUAGUUGGAGCCCUGAGGGUGGUAUUUGCUGCAGAGCUGAAACCUUAUAUCACAAAUAUAAAUCAUAGAAUCAUUAAGGUUGGAAAAGACCUCCAAGAUCAUCAAGUCCAGCUUUUAAAUCCUCAUGGUUUGUAGCAGAAUUUGAGUUCUCUGACAUUGCCAGAAACCUUGAGCUCUCUGUCUUGCUUGGUGUGGGGAGGUGCUCACUGCUGUGGUUCUGUCCAUGGAUCCAGGUGUGCCCCUGCUCCAUUUACCUGAGCACCUUCCCACAGUGUAGCCAGAAUCUGAGUUGGAAGAGCUGCUGUUGGGAUGGAGUUGCUUCCAAGUGUCUCCCAAAAAAAGUUGGCCUCCUGACAGCUGGGCAGGACUUUUCCAGAGCUGCUGAUUGUACAUUGACUGGUGACAAAGGAAUGUAGCUGGAAUUGUGACAUAAAAGGAACAAAAGUCACAGGAAGAGCCAAACUGCAAUGACCCCUGGAUGGGGAACAUCCCUCCCUCAGGUUCGGCUCCUCGAGGUGAUGAUCCUACUCUUGUCAGGGAAUGUCAUGGAGUUCAGGUGAGGACAAACUCGGAAACCUGUCACUGGGCAAGAAAUCCCAUUGCAGAGCCUAUGGGAAUGUGUGAGGAUCUGAGACGUGCCUCCUCCAGGUCCCAGUGUAUUUUCAGGAUUCCAGAUUAUGGAACACAACCAAAUGUGAGGGAGAUGGACUCUGUGCUCGUCCUGGGAUGUGUUUUCAUAGUCUGUCUGAUCAGGUGUCUCACAUAAACACAGGUAAGUGUGCAGCACAUUUUUGCACAGUUGAAUAUUUUAGGUAUCCUGGGAAGCAGGUCCUGUUCCUGGGAGCAGGAAUAGGUCACUGAGCCCAUGUUUGGGGGCAGUACAGGUGAACACUGUUGGGCUCAGCUGUCACUGGGGGUCUCCCAGCACUGUGUGAUGCUCCACCACAUGUCAGGCUCAUUGUUCAGAAACUGGAGGGAAAACAGAAGUGGAUAAUCCCUUAAAAAACCUGAGGAAACUCAGGCUAAGGAAAAAGGCCAAAGAGGUUGUUGGUGUUGUGUGUGUGGGUGUGUGCCUGUCUCUGGGAACAGGCACAGUUUGCCAAGGCACCAGAGUGUAGUGUCCAUCCAGUCCCCACUGGUGGCUCAGUGGAAGAUUCCAGGAGUGGUUGGUGUAAACAGGCAAAGUUGGCUUUUCCCAGCUACACAGAAAUGAAUUCAGCUCCCGGGGAUCCC